AAACGAGGGUCAAGGUACCCAUGAAUCAACCCCAAAAUAUACUAUUGGUCUUGGGCUGUGAUUUUUCUUGUCCCAGAGGCCAUGGAUGACUACAGCGCCGAUGUCUUGAUUCGGCAGUUCGAGGAGUUUUGCCAGCAAGAUGUGCUCAGCGGCAAAGCCAGCGCUGUGCCCACGGCCGUGGUGGCGCAAUCCCCCUUCCUGGCCGCCAGCAUCGAGUAUCACACGGGCCGGCCAGUGCCUCACGUGCGCCCGCUGGCGCCAUACGUCUCCGCCACCUACCAAGCCAACAGCUCAACGGUGCUGGUGCUUUGUGCCAGGACACGCCUGAUGAUGUCCCACAACUGCCGGGGCCUUUUCCGCGCUGGCGCGAGGCUGCUCCCAAGAGGACGGAAGCUGCGGCUGCCACCGGGGGACCAAGAUGUGGUGCACGGCUACAGCUUCCAGGAGGUGGCGCAGUUUGAAGCCACCGUGCUGGUGCCUUGGAACAUUGCGGUCACCACCUUCCACGAGCUCUACGCCAUGCAUAUGCCGAUGUUCAUUCCAGACACUCUUUGGCUCGCACGACUUUGGCCCAAGCAAAUGACGAGCUACGGCAGGAGCCAUCCCAACUUGCACCGGCAGAUGAGGCCAAAUGACCGGCAUCCGACGCCAUAUCCUUCCCUCGAUUUCCUGAGCCGGGACUUCUUGACGAUGGUCUACUGGGCCAAAAGCUUCAGCGGGUUGGACCUGCCGGGGGUGCAACGCUUCACCUCCAUCCCAGACCUUCUGCUGGGCUUGGAGGAGGUUGACUUGGAGCAAAUCUCCAGAGAGAUGGCUUUGGAGACGGCCAAAGCGAGGGAGGAGGUGGUGCCAUUCUGGUCUUCACUGGUGGGCGUGCUCAGCGCGCCCCUGAACGUCUCGCCGGACUGCGAAGGGGCUCAGCCAUCGGCACGCCCAACAGACUCUGAGUGAGUUCGAUUCUUGUGGUGAUGCUCUCUUCUGCGUGAUGCUGCCGUUGCAGCCCGAAGUUUUAAGCCGAAGAACGUCUGAGGUUUCAAAAGGAUCGAGC